AUGUUAUAUAGCAGAUGGAAAGAUAUUAAGGAUGUAUAUAUUUAUUAUUUAAUUAAUGAGAUUUAUAAUGACUAAAAUUCUAUUAAAGAGAUAAUUACAAAUUAUGAUUAAUUAUCUAAUUUAAAAUGGAAAGGAGAAGAAAAUGAAACUAAAUAAAAAAUUGCAUUUUGGAAUGCUUAUUGGGGAAAAUAAAUUCUAGAAUUAAAUGGAUUAUAUGGAAGGAAAUAGUACUUUUGGAUUGAACCAUGUAGCAACUAUAGGUUACUUAAGUAAUUUAAUCUAGUAUUCAACUUCAAAUAGUUUAUGCAGGAAGUGGAAAAUAAAAAAGAAAAAUUCAAAAGAAUUUGUUACAAUAUAAUUUUUAAAUUAUAUUAAGUGGUGGAGGAAAUAAUAAUGAAUUAGGUGUGAAAGAAGGCUAAUGGAUAGAAUUAUGCGAUGAAAUAUUACCUUAAUAAAAUCAAUUUAUAAUUGAUAUUGGCAAAUAUAAAGGUGGACAUAAGGUUGGAUGCUAAAAAAAAUUUAUAUAUGAAGAUUCCAUUUUAACAAAAAAUAAAUUAAUGUUUGUAUUUAGUUUAUUUUUAGUCGUGGAGGAGAAUUUUAGUUGGAAAUUAAAAAUGGGAAAUGGAUAUAAAGAGUAAUUAUUGUUUGUUAAUAAAAUAAAUAGAGAAUUUUAAGAAAUUUUUGUUGGUUAUUAUUAACAUGGAUUAAAGAAUGGAGUAUUCAUAUAAAGGAAUAAAAUGAAUAAUAAUUAACUAUGUAAAGCAUUAAUUUUAUUAUCUUUAUAGAGGAGGCACUUAUGAUAAUUUAGGUUAAAAGAAUGAAUGUUGGAGUGAAUUAAGUAAUAGUUUUCAUUAAUCUCAUUUCACUAUUUUUAAUGGAUAUUAUAAGAAUGGAAUAAAGUAUGGAAAAUGGACAAGGAUUAAGGAAUGGAGAUUGGAUUGAA